AUCUACGUUACCGCGGCAGUACCCACAGCGGGGUUUCACCGGAUCUCGAAACCCUAUUCUUGCACCAAACACCACCACCCUGCACACCUACCAGACUACCCUGCACUGCGACGUUCGCGGCGGUUCGCGCAAUUCGGUGCCGAUUUAGGCGGCGUUUCAGGAUAACGGUUCGCGCGCACGGUCACGUUCGUGGCAAGAGACGGGUAUGGCGAAUGCGAGUGCGACAGAAAGCGAUGGAGGAGUCGCGCAGAGCACGCAGAACACGCAGUAUGAUCAGAUUGGCACAGAAUAUCUGAAAAUCAAGGUGUUGGCUGCGGCGGAGUCGGAGGGGCCGAGUAUUCGGGCUGCGCUGGGGGAGGGGAGGGUGGAAGGGAGGAGGUGUCUUGAUCUCGCCUGCGGCACAGGCAAAUACACACAUCUCCUGCACGAACUCGGCGCCAUCAGUGCAACCGGCUACGACAUCUCCAAGACCAUGAUUGACGGAGCGUUAGCAACCUACCCACCCACGCAGUUCCCUACGUUGCAAUUUGGCGUCGUAGAUUGUAGCAUUCCUGAGUUACUUCCUGUCCCUGAAGACGGCGGCUUCGACCUUGUCUUCUCGGCCUGGUUUCUCAACUACGCCGGGAGCGAGAGGGAAUUGACCAACAUGUUCCGUGUUAUCGAGAGUCAGAUGAAUGCACGCGGGAGGUUUGUUGGGCUGACGACUGAUGCACACGAUCCUAACAUGCAUGUCCCCAAGCCUGACUUCUACGGUCUGGAUGUCCUGGUCCUGGAUCCGGAGUACGCAGACCCGGACUCACGGCAGGUGUUGGGCAUCAAGGCACGUGUGGUCGUCGGAGGCGGGCAAGGUUUCAGCUUCGAUGUGUAUCAAUUCAAGCGCGAUGUGUAUGAAAGAUGCGCGAAAGAGGCAAGGCUGAAGAUUGAGUGGAAAGAGGUAGUUGUUCCAGAUGACGAGAGAAGGGCGAGUGGGUUUUGGGAUGCAUAUCUGAAGAGACCUACAUUCGCGAUGCUAGAGGCGAUAAGGUUGUAACAGUGCCCGGAAUGCUGGAGCAGAGUUCGAUGUCGCCUUCUGACAGGCGGAUACCUCUUCAUGACCUUGACCUUGACCUUGCAACGGUAGCCUCUCAUUCUCCACAGGUCAGUGCUAACCUUUCUGAAAAUUGUGGAGAGAUCCCUCCUCUUGGGAUUCAA